AAUGUAAAUUCGAGUAUCCUAUCUUUUCCCUGUCAAUUGUGGCUUCUCUUCAAGUUGAUUCUCUUCGGUUUCGCUGAUCUCAAGUACUCAAAAUCCUCUUUGAGAUAUUUCGUAUUGUCCUCAUACGCCUGAAAAGGGGUAGUUCUACAGUUGUACGUGCAUCUAAAAAGGUAUUGUAUGAGUCAAAAAAUAGAAAAACCAAUAUUAUCAGGUCAACGCAUAAAGACCAGAAAAAGAGAUGAAAAAGAAAAAUAUGACCCUAUGGGAUUUCGAGAUGCGAUUUUACUUGGUUUGGAAAAGGCUGGUAACGACUUAGAUGCAAUUUCAAAGUACUUGGACGCAGCUGGCUCUAAAUUAGAUUACCGCAGAUAUGGAGAGGACCUUUUUGACAUCUUAAUAGCUGGUGGACUUUUAGUUCCAGGCGGUUCUAUUGCUCAAGAUGGUGAUAAACCAGUAAAAACCACUGCUUGUGUUUUUGAACAACCAGAAGAUAUGGAAUCUAUGCGAAAUUUUGAACAAGUUUUCAUCAAACUUAUGAGACGUUAUAAAUACUUGGAAAAAAUGUUUGAGGAAGAAAUGAAAAAGGUAUUGGUUUUUAUGAAAGGCUUCACUCCUAAAGAAAGGAUAAAAUUAGCUAGAAUGACGGCUCUGUGGAUAUCCAAUGGUUCUGUUCCACCUACUGUUUUAUCAGUUUUAAUUAAUGAACAUUUGGUUAAAGACAACUUAGCAUUAGACUUUUUAUUAGAAGUUUUUGUCACUUGGAGGCAGGAGAAAGGUCUAUCCAGUUUAAUGACUGCUUUGAAAAAAGGAAAUAUUGAAGGAAGGUUAAUGGAAUUUGUACCGCCUAAUAAACGAACUGAAGAAUAUUUUCGAUCUGUAUUUGAAGCUGUUGGUCUUGCAGACAUUGUAAAAUUACAUAAAGCUCAAGCAAGUCAAGAAGCAAAACGGGACUUGCAACAACUGUUAUUGGAUGAUUUGGCUGAUAAUCGUCCUUUGAAAGAUAUUAUACUUGAUCUCAAAGAAAUGGCACAGAAGAGUGGUAUUCCUGAGCAUGAAGUUAUUGGCCUGAUUUGGGUUGUAGUAAUGGGUCAAGCUGAAUGGAAUAAAAAAGAAGAGUUAGUGGCUGAUCAAGCACUGAAGCACUUAAAAAUAUAUACUCCACUGUUUGAUGUUUUUACAACCACUGCCAGAUCUGAGCUUGCACUUCUUCUGAAGGUUCAGGAAUUUUGUUAUGAGAAUAUGAACUUCAUGAAAGUCUUCCAGAAAAUUGUUUUACUAUUUUAUAAAACGGAUGUAAUAUCAGAAGAAGUGAUUUUGAAGUGGUAUAAGGAAGGCCAUUCUGUUAAAGGAAAAAUGAUGUUCUUAGAUCAAAUGAAAAAAUUCGUUGAAUGGUUACAGAAUGCUGAAGAAGAAUCUGAAUCAGGAGAAGAAGAAGAUUAAAAAUACAGAAAAUAAUAUAAGCUUCAUUAUCAAAAAAUAAUAUAUUUGGAUUACAUCCAAAAUUUUUGGAAUGGAUCAAAAUAUGAACUGCAAUUGGACUGUAUUGACAAAUGGAAAUUUUGAUAAAAUAAAGUUUGUAUCAUUCUGCGAUACACUAUAUCAAUAUACAAAUACAUACAGUUUUUUAAUCGUUAAUGAAUAAAAAACAAUACAUUACCAUCUGAUUAACGAGGAAGAUAAAUUGUAAAAUUUACAGUGUCUUUAAAUUGUAUUACUUUAAGAAAAAAUAUUUUGUGUUACAUUUUUAUAACACCGCUGCAAAAUAUAUACAGAAUAACAAGUUAAUGAAGAAAAGAUCUUUAUCCCUGUGUAUGUAUAAUUUUCAAACCCACAUUCUUUGUAUGAUAAUAUUGUACUAGUUUCUAGAAAAUAUAUUGUCAGGUGGUGUUUAA